GCUCAUAGUGUUACUCCACACUUCAACACUAUAUUUUUAUACAAUAUAGUUUUUAUACAUUACUACAUAUUUAUACUAGAUAGUUUUUAUAUACAUUAUUCCAAAGUGAGUAACUUAACUAGCUUAGCCAUGCAUUGUGGUGUUUCAUUCUCUAGGGUUAUGUCCUUGAAUGCUAUGUUGUGCAUUGCAACAUUUUUUUUAACCUUGGUUUCAACUCAUGUUGAAGCUCAAAGAGCUUUUUUCGUGUUUGGCGAUUCACUAGUCGAUAAUGGCAACAACAACUACUUGGUCACUAGUGCUAGGGCCGAUAGGCCACCGUAUGGGAUCGAUUCUCCGAAUGGACCGACCGGCCGGUUCUCCAAUGGCCUCAACAUCCCGGAUCUCAUUUGUGAGCAAAUUGGAACAGAGCCACUACUACCCAUCUUGAGCCCUGAGCUCACCGGAGAAAGACUUCUGGUUGGCGCGAACUUUGCUUCUGCCGGAGUUGGGGUUCUUAAUGACACUGGGAUCCAAUUCGUGAAUAUUAUAAGGAUAGGCCGUCAAUUGGAGUUGUUUGAGCUAUACCAACAAAGAUUAGCCGGGCUAAUUGGAGAAGAACAAGCACAAAGCCGAGUGAAUGGAGCUCUUGUGCUAAUUACACUUGGUGGCAAUGAUUUUAUCAACAAUUACUUCCUCCUUCCAAUCACGGCUAGGCGUCUUCAAUUCCCCAAUCUUGAAGACUAUGUUGAUUAUGUCAUCGGGGAGUAUAAAGGGGUUUUAUCUAGGCUUUAUGAGUUGGGAGCAAGGAGAGUAUUGGUUACCGGAACUGGACCAAUUGGAUGUGUCCCUGGUGAGUUAGCCUCACAAGGUAGUCGAAAUGGCGAAUGUGCCCCUGACCCGCAACGAGCCGGUGCCCUUUUCAACCCAAAGUUAACCCAAAUGAUUCAAAGCCUAAACAGCGAAAUUGGCUCUGAUGUUUUCAUUGCCUCCAAUACCGGUGGAAUGUUGAAUAAUUUCCUUGAAAAUCCUCAAGCAUUCGGAUUUGAAACAUCAAAGGUAGCAUGUUGUGGCCAAGGACCCUACAAUGGGUUAGGACUAUGCACAGUUGCAUCAAAUGUGUGCCCUGAUAGAAAUGUCUAUGCAUUUUGGGAUGCAUUCCAUCCUACUGAAAGGGCUAACCGGUUCAUUGUCCAGCAGAUGAUGAUCGGGUCUGUCGACCACAUGAGUCCCAUGAACCUUAGCACCAUCUUGGCUGUUGAUGCUGCUAAGAAACCUUAGCUAGCUUAGUGUUGCAUUGGUUGCUUAAUUGCUAGAUUGAUAAUGUCAUUAUAUUAUUACUAUUCCUAGCUAUAUAUGUACUUUUGGUGCUAUCUAUCUUCUUUCAAGUGUAAUCAUCUAUAUUUAGGUUGCAAAAUUAGUAAACUAAAAGUGGCAUGAAAAGUUGUUAUAUUAGGCAUGCAUUGUUUGUCGUCCUUCUUUAUGGAUUGAUCGAACUACAAUAAUGUUGUAAUCAUUCAACUUUUAUUCAAUCAAAUGUAUCAAAUUUCGAUUCUGAA